AUGGCCCUUUCCUACGCGCCGGGCAGGCAUAUUGACCAUACCAAGUCUGAAGCUGAAUUGGCCAUCAACAUUCGAAAAGCAACGAGCAUCGAAGAGACGGCCCCGAAACGCAAACAUGUGCGGAGCUGCAUCGUGUACACAUGGGACCACAGGUCCUCGGGCGCCUUCUGGGCGGGAAUGAAAGUGCAACCCAUUCUUGCGGAUGAGGUGCAAACUUUCAAAGCUCUGAUCACGGUGCACAAAGUUCUGCAAGAGGGUCACCCAUCGACGCUGCGAGAAGCAAUGGCGAAUCGGAACUGGAUCGAUAGUCUGAACAGAGGAAUGGCGGGUGAAGGCCUGCGGGGCUACGGACCGUUGAUCAAGGAAUACGUGAAUUUCCUGUUGGCCAAACUGUCUUUUCAUGCCCAGCAUCCGGACUUCAACGGAACAUUUGAGUACGAAGAGUACAUCAGCUUGAAGGGAAUCAAUGAUCCCAAUGAGGGUUAUGAGACCAUCUCGGACUUGAUGGCGCUGCAGGACAGGAUCGAGCAAUUCCAAAAGCUCAUCUUCUCCCACUUCCGCAGUGGGGGCAAUAACGAGUGCAGGAUUUCAGCGUUGGUACCCUUGGUGCAGGAGAGCUAUGGAAUCUACAAAUUCAUCACGAGCAUGUUACGUGCUAUGCAUACCACGACGGGUGACGAUGAGGCAUUGGAACCGCUGAGAGGAAGAUACGAUGCUCAGCAUUACCGCCUGGUGAAGUUUUACUACGAAUGCUCGAAUCUUCGAUACCUGACCAGCUUGAUUACCGUCCCCAAACUUCCUCAAGAACCGCCAAACCUCCUCUCCGAAGACGAUGCUGCUCCGCGCCUGCCCGAGCGACCGAGACAAGAAAUCGAGAGACAAAUCACUCCACCUCCAGCACCGAAACCCGAAGAGCCAGAUGAUAUUGGCGAGUUCUGGAAAAACGAGCAAGCCCGUCAAAACAGGGAAUACGAGGAACAACAGCGGGUUCUCGAGGAACGACAAGCACAACAACUCUACGCUCAGCAACAAGCUGCGCUCCAAGCACAACGUGACUUCGAAGAGCAGCAACGACAACUCGCCGAGCAACAGCGAAGAGACCAGGAAGCUCUUUUGGCUCAGCAAUUCCAGCAGCAGACUCAAGGACGUAUGGCCCAGUUGGAGCAAGAGAACUUUGAUGCUAGAGCACAAUACGCUCGAGACCAAUUGAUGCUCCAACAAUACGACCAGAAGAUCAAGGCUCUGGAGGGCGAGCUUGCACAACUCCAGAACAGUUAUGGUCAACAAAUCGGCAGCAAGGAUGACCAGAUUCGAGCUCUGCAGGAGCAGGUCAAUACAUGGCGGACGAAGUACGAAGCUCUGGCGAAAUUAUAUUCUCAAUUGCGUCACGAGCAUCUGGAUCUGUUGCAAAAGUUCAAGAGCGUGCAGUUGAAGGCCGCCUCGGCUCAAGAAGCAAUUGACAAACGAGAAAAGCUUGAGCGAGAAAUCAAAACCAAGAACCUUGAGCUGGCUGAUAUGAUUCGAGAGAGGGACAGAGCUCUGCACGAGAAGGACCGUCUCACGGGUGGCAAUAGAGAAGAAGUCGAGAAACUCAAGAGGGAGUUGAGAAUGGCACUCGACCGGGCAGACAAUCUCGAGAGGAGCAAGGGGAACGAGCUCUCGUCUAUGCUUUCCAAAUACAAUAGGGAGAUGGCCGACCUCGAAGAAGCCUUGCGAAAGAAGUCGCGUGCCCUUGAGGAUGUUCAUGCAAAGUACAGCGAAGGCGGCUCAGAUGCAGAACGUUUAUUACGAGAAAAAGAGGAAGAGCUGGAGGUGUACAAGCAAAGUUUGGAUGACACCCUCAUCAGGCUCAACGAACUAGAACUAUCGAAGGGCGCAACCGAUCAGGCCUUGGACGGGGAAAUCGAUGCCAUGUUACUCGCAAACAUCGGCAAGAUUAACGAUAUCAUCGAUUCGGUUCUUCAGAGUGGUGUUCAACGUGUUGAUGAUGCUCUGUACGAACUUGAUUCCUCCAUGCAGGCUGGAAAUCAAAAUGCGACCCCUUCAUAUGUUCUCUCGCAGAUUGAGAAGGCCUCAUCAAGUGCGAUGGAAUUUGCGACUUCCUUCAACAACUUCAUUGCAGAUGGACCCAACAGUAGUCAUGCAGAGAUCAUACGCACCAUCAAUGUGUUCGCCAGCUCGGUUGCAGAUGUUUUGAGCAAUACCAAAGGUCUCACGAGACUCGCUACUGAUGACAAGAAGGCCGACCAACUCGUGAAUGGAGCACGGCAGUCGGCCCUAUCGACUGUGAAGUUCUUCCGUGGCCUUCAGAGCUUCAGACUUGAUGGCAUGGAUCCCAUGCAGAAGACAGAUGUUGUCAUCAACAGUAACAACGAGGUCUUGAUGAAUCUGCAGAAGCUUAGCAAGCUGGCCGAUUCUUUUGCACCGAAUAGUGGGAAACUAUCUGCUAACAAAGGAGAUCUUGGAGAUCUUGUUGACAGUGAAUUAAACAAGGCUGCUGAUGCUAUCAACGCUGCUGCUGAGCGACUGGCCAAGCUCAAGUCGAAGCCCAAGGAUGGAUACUCUACCUACGAACUCCGCAUUCACGACUCUAUCCUUGACGCUGCUAUGGCUGUAACGAAUGCUAUUGCGAGACUCAUCAAGGCCGCAACUGUAACACAGCAAGAGAUUGUCCAGGCUGGCAAAGGAACGUCGUCGAAAAGCAACUUCUACAAGAAGAACAAUCGCUGGACCGAGGGUCUGAUCUCCGCAGCCAAGGCUGUAGCAUCCUCGACCAACACUUUGAUCGAGACUGCGGAUGGAGUUCUGUCCGGUCGAAACAGCCCCGAACAAUUGAUCGUUGCGUCAAAUGAUGUUGCUGCGUCCACAGCACAGCUCGUAGCUGCCAGCAGAGUCAAGGCAGGCUUUAUGAGCAAGAGUCAAGAGUCGUUAGAACAGGCAAGCAAGGCGGUAGGCGCCGCCUGUAGAGGACUGGUCAGACAGGUUCAAAGCAUGAUCAAAGACCGGGACUCCGAGGAAGACAAGGUUGAUUAUGCAAAGCUGGGUGCUCAUGAGUUCAAGGUUAGAGAGAUGGAACAACAGGUUGAGAUUCUGCAGCUGGAGAACAACUUGGCAGCGGCGAGACAACGACUCGGGGAGAUGAGGAAGGUUUCUUAUCAAGAAGAAUAA